AUGCACUUCGGCUGCCGCAGCUGCACCCCUUCCAAGGUGGCAGAAGAGAACGCAAGGGGAGAGUCAGCCACAAGCAUACUAGGCGAUGUCUCUGAGGAGGAUCAGAAGAUUAUUAUUGAGAAGCACAACCUACUCAGGGGAGCAGUGCAGCCGCCUGCCAGCAAUAUGUUGAAAAUGAGAUGGAACGAGGAAGCUGCCAAAACUGCUGCAGAAUGGGUCAGUAAAUGCCUAGGGGAGCCCAGUCCCAAAGAGGAGCGAAUGGUGGACGGAAAGGUGUGUGGUGAGUCUAUACUGAGGGCAAACUAUCCCAGCAGCUGGACAGACGUAGUAGAUAUUUUCGCAAGUCAUCAACCUUAUUUCAAAUAUGGCAUUGGGACAACCGACUCCUCAAAAGACAUUCUGAGCUAUACUCAGAUUAUUUGGAGUCAUUCUAACCAGCUUGGAUGUGCACAUGCCUACUGCCUCAAUAACAUCCACAAUUUCCAUUAUGUCUGCCAUUACUGCCCUGGAGGAAACAUACAAGGAAAAAUAAAUACACCGUACAAAGAAGGCCCAUCAUGUGGAGACUGCCCUAACAACUGUGAGAAUAAUCUUUGCAACUAUUCAUGUCAAUACAUUGAUGAUGAUUACUGUGAGACACUGCUGAAGAGUUUCAAGUGCGACGUGAACUUUGUGCAAGAAAAAUGCCCAGCCACUUGUAAAUGCCCAAAAGAUGCCGUACAAGUUCAAGAGAUAGCUUGA